AGGAUUGUUUGUUGGAAAUCCGGCACUGCCUGGGUGCUUGACACAGAAAAUUAAUUUGUGUCCAGCCCCCUGUUUGUGUCCAACUCCCUUGUUUUAAACUGUCCUGUGUUUUGCACUUUAUGUCCUUUGAAAACCCUCUCUUUGUCACUUGCUGUUUGUAUAUUGCACUAUGGUCCCAAGGAGUAUUAUUUUGCACCAUUUUGCACCAUUAUAUACUUGUAUAUGGAACAUAUGACAAUAAAGCCACAUGAAUUAAGUUUAACCUGGCUUGUUGAUGUGCGUGACACAAGCCUCAAGGACAAUGGUAUUGUAGCUAAUCUUAAAGUCUUGGGACUGCCCAAUCUGACUCCUCCUUUCCAAACAUGACAUUAUAACCAGGUGCUGGUCAGUUUAUAGUAGCUAUGAGUGACUGCAGCUGUAGCCUAAUGGACCUCUCUGACAAGCAUUUUGAACAGCCCUUGAAAGGCGCUGUGUGACAUUUUAUAUCACUUUUUUUCCCCAUUGUAGAAGUCUGUGAUGCUACUUCCUGUCGUGGUUGUUUUAUUUCCUGCACAGUGCCUGCAGCAGCACACAUACUUUGGCAUCUCCCUCAUUUGAUUUCUUUCCACGUUACGCAACUCAAUGGAGGCUCUGUCUUUCUACCAUGGCACCAUCAACAAGGAGAUGGGAGAGAAGAUCCUCUGUGCGACGAAGGAAGAUGGCAGCUAUUUGAUACGUAAGAGUGAGUCCAUGAGUGGGGCUUACUGCCUAUGUAUUUUGUUCAAAGGUUUAGUCUACACCUACAGAGUAUAUCAGACCAACGACAGGCUGUGGGUUGCAGAGACAGCUCCGGGUGUCCAAGAACGAGUCUUUCGGAACGUCAAGAACCUGAUAGCACAUUUCCGCGAGCCGGACAAAGGCAUCAUCAUACCUCUACUUUAUCCAGUCCCAGCCAAAUAACCAGAUGCCGUGUCCUGUAAAGAAAGCCUGGAAUGUGUUUGUGAUUGGACUGCAAAAUAACAGAAAAAAACCUGUUCACCCUGUCGCAUAUACAAAAUACAGUUUGCGCAAGUAUUGUUUCUUGAUACACAUGGAUGAUAUCUGAAAUGCCUAGACUGUGAAUUUGUAUAACAUCUCUGUCAUACAAACUUUUUUUUAAAAAUCCUAAAUAUCCUUCUGUCCAAACUGCUUAUCCAAUACAGUGUCAAAUCACUGUUGGAAAAAAAAAAUUCUAAACUUAUAAAAUGGAUGACCCAAGUUUUUAUCAAACUAUACUGUCAGAAAAAAGUACCAAUGUGUACCUUUCAGGUAACAAAUACUUUGUACCCUCAAGGGUCUCCCAGUUGUACCCUAGCUGUAGGUAAGUGUUCCUUUUAAGGUAUAGAAAUGGACUCUGAAGAACAUUUUUGUACCAUUGGGAGUACAUUCAUGUUAUUUCACAAAACUGCAGCAGAGUUGCACCCAUUUUUCUGAUAGUGUAUCUGAUUUUAAUGUUGGGAUAUGCAAACCAUGAGUAAAUCAUCCACUGAUUGGGUGGGCUAAUGCUUUCACAGGAGGCAUCGUUGAAGGAUGCUUGCAUACACACAUGAGCACAUGCAAGACAAUUUAUAGUAUUUUGUAAAUAUUCAUGCAUAAAGAAUUAGAGGAAUAGGCCUCAUUUAGAUCUCAAAAUAAUUUUGAUUUAAUGCUAACCUUUAAUUGAAAUGGAUACACAUGUAUUCAUGUGAAUUAUGCAGUGAUUUUGAAGAAUACUAUGAAAGGCGUUUAGACAUUUAGCGACUGAUCAAUACAAAUAGAUCAGGUAUACAUUCAUGGCUAACUGACAUGUGUUGUGACAACAGGCAAAGGUUUUUGCUUUUGGUUCAUUUUUAUAGGACUGAAUUGUUAAUAAUGUCAGUGAUAAAUGAGAGGACUUAUUUUGGACAACAAAUAUUUUAAUUCCUUUCAUUGAGAAUCAUUGUAAAGGCUACCAGUAUUUCUGCUAACAGUGUGACUUGUUUGAAGCUGAAACUACAUUGUAGAAAUUAAACAUUUUGGCAGUAUGAGUAAACUUCAAAAGACGGAAACUAUUUGAAGAAGCUUUUUGUCCCAUGUUGAUGUGUAACUUCGAAACAGAAACCAUUGUAGUUUUUUUGUCGAAUUUAUGGUAGAAUAAUUUGUCUUCUGUUUUUUAUCUGAAAUAAUUUCAUAAACAUAUGAAUUUCUUCUACGGAACUUCUGUCUGCAUUAUUCCUGUAAUAGAUUAAUAAAGUUUUUUUGUUCAGUCAAGCCUA